UCUAUCUAACUUUGAGAAUUAUUGAAGGGAAAAAAUUUACAAUUAUGACUCCCUGGUUAGUGGCACCAAGCAUAUCAAUUGAGCCAUCACUUUGGAUGCAUACAAAAAGCGAAUCUCUAGUGAAAAUAUCAUGCACUAAAUAAUUUGAGAGUUUUCCUUGUUCUCGAUUGCCUUAGUUAUAUGGGAAUUGUCUGGCCUAGUUCCUCAAAAUGCCCCCAACAUUGGUCAUUUGACCUUUCAUGAAAGGUUCCAUGGUCAGAAAAGUCGCAAGUACUUUUUACCAAGGACAAAGAGAUCUAGAGACAAUAUUCAGACACAAAAAUGUCGUGCCAGCAACGAAUUGUUGUUGGUAAGAGACGUUUGAAUGAAGCACGGCACUCAACUUACCAACCAACCAGCCAACCAACCAACCAUGUACCACAGUACGUAACCCAGAUUACCGCAAGUUCCAUGAGGAGUACAAUGACUUUUGGGAGCGAGUCGGGAAAGCGCUCGGCGACAUAGUUCUGCCUCUUGUUUGUAUUCUUGGCCUUGUUUUCAAGGCCCUCAAAUUAGAGGUCGGGCCGGGGGAAGAAUUGCAUUCGAAGAAAAAAGGCUCCUAAAACGCAAGAGGAGGGACGCCCGCCACAUAAUCCUGUUCAUACACGGGCAUGCUUAUCAGUGGGUGAAUCGCUUGUCAAGAUCCAGGCACUUCAUGAACAUAACAGUGAUUAAGCUCUUCAAUUACUACCAUAUCAUUAGAGAUCUGAUCAGAUUUGAAAGUGUAUUAAAUGGCCCAAAAAGGUAUAAUGAGAGGCUUGCAUACUAAUGUAGGAACAUUUCCAGAACCAGAGAGUUGAGUGGAACGUAUGCCAUAAAAUCCUCGAUCGGAAGAAAAGAGAAACAGAGAAUUUAGGCCGGGAACAAAUAAGGUCGAGAGAGAGAGAAAAAACAGUUUUCGUGCCUGAAAAUUAUUGAGCCCACGAGGAGGUCGUCCUCGUCUUCAUGACUUUGGCAACUCCAAGUGUUGUGACGGGAGCUUAAUGGCAGCACUUCUCCGAGUGCGGGCAGAGGUAAAAACUUGUGAUCCAGACACUCACUUGCCAUUCAAUUGCCGGCACUCAUUGCAUGAGGAACGACCAAUCCAGGAUUGUUGGACUCAAACGUACGGAGUGAAAAAGCGACCUGUAGUAAAUUGGAACGACUCCACUCGUUCCCAACAGAGCGACCAGAAUUAUUUAUUUUCCCACUGAAAUUCCUCACGUGAGCUUUGGAACGUGCAGAGCCCACAAACCAUGGACUUGAGGAGCCCAUCAAGGGGCUACCAUUCACAUUGCCAUAUCAGUUAUGUUGUGAAGAGCCGAAACAAACCAUCACAUCUCUCAGCUGUGGAAAAGAAAGAAAAAGGUGAAAACUUCAGUGAGUUUGAAGUGCCAAGCCGAAACGAAUCCGAUGACAGUCGAAGCAGUCGAUAUCGGAAGAAGCGAACAAGAAGACAACUGAGAUCCACCUUGCCAGCGGGAUAUUCAACUUCAAGAUCCACGAGUUUCGUUCAACGGCGACACCAGACUAAGAUUCAUUUAAGUCCCAAAAGGGCCGAGCGCAGCUCGUCCAUCUCCGACCUCUCACAGUCCUCAUCUUCUGACACCUCGAGGAAGACAUCCAUGGAGUCAAAUCCUUCCUCAGACAAGCAAGAGGAUCUGCCAGGCUUAUUUGUGACCUCAAUGACCCUCAAUGAACGGCCCAGAAGCCUACGAAGUCGUCGCAGGAGUCCCAGCAAUGGCAAUCGCAAUCAAGAGACUAUUGAAUCUACUUCCACAAUUAUCCCUGCCAGGUCGAAUAAUAGUCGACCAAUUACUCCCAAGAUCAAUGUAUCCAGAAAUGCUGAAGAUGAUUUUGACGCAGACAAGGAAAGUGAAAGCCGAAAGGAGUCCUGGAUAACACAAGCGACCAAAUUGGAUGAUAAAUUCGUCUUGAGAGAGCCCACUGACGAUAAUGUGAGUGGCAUACCCACUCUCCAAGUGCGUGUCACUUCGGCGAGCAGGGAUCACGACGAUUGAAAUGAAAAUAGUUCAUUGCAUCACUCUCGUUGCUUUGUUUCAAGGCCGUUCGCCGACCUUUAUUUCCAACUGAUUUCCUAGAUCUUUGCGUAUGAAAAAAUACAUUAUUU